GAUAAGGAGGAAGGUGAGGCCAUUAUGAAGAGCAGUGCUGUGAACGGAAAUGGAGGAAAACGAAAUGUCGCGAGGAGUGUGAGAAUAACCAGUGAAGAAGGUCGAUCUGAGGACGAUGAUGCUGAUGUAGAAGAGGAGACAUGUACAGAGGAAGAUGUACAACGAUCCCACGAGGAAAAUAAGCCGAGAGCUGAAAGAAAACAGCGAACCAAGCUUGUGAAAAAAGUCAGGCCCAAACGAUCGGUAGUUAUGACAAGUAUGCAUUUUGGUGAGCAGGAUAUCGUUCUAUCCGUUGUCCGCAAGUUGGGAGGAUUUUUCAUCGAAGAUCGAGUCUCGUCCUCCACUAGUCACGUGAUCGCUGGAAGUCCUCGCCGAACGUUGAACGUCCUAAUGGCCAUUGCUCAAGGAUGCUGGCUUGUAUCGCCUAUGUGGAUGAUGAAAUCUCUAGAGGUCGGUUACUGGGUGGAUGAAGAGCCCUACGAAUUAUCGGACGCAUUUCCUGCAGCACAGCUUUGCCGUCUUGAACGUGUUAGCGCUGGGUCAGGUUACCACCAGGAGCUGUUUGUGGAGUGUCCACCGAUAUUUGUCUCCGAGAAUUGCUCCCCUCCAAGCGACUCACUGAUGUCCUUGAUAAACCUUUGUGGUGGAAAGGUUAGUACCUCUGUGAGAAAGGCAGGAAUAUGCAUUGGUUCAAUGACAAGAAGAACACAAGCGGUUAAUAUCACGGAACAGUGGCUUCUCGAUUGUAUAACCCAGCACGAUGUUCUGCCUUAUACCAAUUACGCACUCAAUUCCCCGGCGAAGCGAAGACGAGAAACAAGUCCCAGCUACUGAAGACAAAUCUCGCCUUUCAAAGUUUCACCAAUAAGUCGGUUCGGCUUCUCGCAGCGAGUCUAGAGUCCAGUUGGUAUGUCACGCUGCUGAAAGCACUGCUAAUGCUUGGCGUGGACGUUGUUACUUUGCAACGCUUGUCAAACAUAUCACGUGGUGAUAUCGUUACCGGGCAACGUCUGGUUGGAUUUAAUUGGUUGCAACAUCAGGUCGAUUAAACUUCAUGUCAAAUUUAAGUGAAGGUUUCAAUGGUUUAUCUUUUGGAGGUGGAGCGCAAACAAAUGAAUUUAUCUCCUUGAAAAAGCUUAGUCUGUGGAUGGCUUUUCAAGAAUCUAGUCAACAAAUUACUCUGUACAGCGGACAUUUCGAUUUUGAGAAUAUCGAUUUCGUGGUUCUAUAAAAUUCAACCCAACUAUUGUAAUCGGAAUACGUCGGAAUUUGUUGGCUGGGUUCAGAAGCUUUCGUUUUACACAGAACUGCGUAAUGCUAAGUACAUGAAAUACUCUCUGCGUGUCUAAGCUAUUGUAAUCAGUUUUCAGGAAACAUCAGUACGUAAUAUAGAAAUAGAUAUAACAGAUUUUGAAGUCAAAUCCAUGGAUAGCAAAAUUUUUAAUCAGUAAUAGACGAGAAACUGUUUUAACCCAGAUAGUUUUCAUUGUAUCAUUAAAGACACCAAUCUUAUCAUGA